AUUUAAGCUGGCGAUGGAGGUACUAAUAAUGGGCUACAGGGAGUCCAGUCACCACAGAAUCACUCUCUCCCCCACUGACCACCCACACUCACCCAUGCUGGUGGAUAGCAUCGCUCAGCUCACCUUCACUCACCCGCACUCUCCCUGUGGUUUAGCGUCUCUCACCCGUAAAGCAGCAGGCCUUCAAUGGCGCAUAUAACUUCUGGCCGCGUUAAUAAUACUGGCUUAAGUACUGCUGAGCGGACGGGAAGCCCCGUUCUCCUUUCCCUAUGG